AUGGCUACCCCGCCUGUACUAGCUUUCGAUGCUGAGGGCCGCCCGGUGAAGUUUGACACCUGGCUUGAUGACCUGCACCUCUUCCUACAGCUCACUGCCAAGGAGGACAUCUCACUGUAUGACCACGCCCUCGGCCAUGCUCCUGCCCCUGCUACUGAUGCUGACAGCACUACCCGCUCACAGUGGCAGACUCGUGACGCCCACGCUCGCUUUGCCAUCCGCAACUCCCUGCCGUUAGAUGAGCGCGAGCACUUUGGCCAGUGCAAGACUGCUAAGGACCUCUACACCGCUGUAGUUGCCCGUUACUCCUCACCCGCUUCUGCUACGCUAGGCCGCCUCACUCUCCCCUACCUGUUCCCCGACCUAGCCUCCUUUCACACUGUCGCAGACCUCAUCACCCACCUUAAGACUAGUGAGGCCCGCUUUCGCGCUGCUAUGCCUGCCGAGUUUCUCACUAGCAACCCCCCCCCGCUCUGGAUCACUCUCUACCACAUCGUCACCCGCCUCCCUGACUCUCUGCGCGCAGCACCUCUCGUGGCGACCCCCGCACCCCGUUCUUCGAGGGGUGUUCCCCUUCCCCCCUCCUCCCCUCUGUCGCCUCUGCUGCUGCUGUCGACCUCCUUGGUGCUGAGAAGGUCGGGACCGCGUCUGCUUCGAGCGGGCGCCGCAGGAGCAAGGGAGGCAGGGGUGGGGGUGGUGGCGGAGGAGGUGGGGGUGGAGGCGGUGGGAGUGGAGGCGCGACUGGGGAGGCUAGUGGCGGCAGUGGGGGAGGAGACAGCAGCGGCGGGAGCGGUGGCAGGGGUGGAGGCGGCAGCGGAGGUGGAGGUGGUCGUGGCGGCGGCAGGGGUGGAGGUGGCCGAGGCGGUGGUGGUGGCGGUGGUGGUCGUGGAGGCACUGGCGGAGGCCCGAGUCAGCAGCCCGCCCCGACGCUUCAGGCCGCCCGUGAGUGGUAUGCGCAGCGUGGCUUUACCUGCACACUUUGAUGCUAUUCUCACUGCCAUGUAUGCCAUGUCUAUUAGUGGAGAGGGUGCUCAGUACUUGCGUGUUCCGCCCGACCCGGGCAUUCAGGCCAGUCCGGCUGCCGCUCUAGGUGCUAGUGCGUCCGCUCCCACAGGUCCUGGUGAGGCUGCUGCCCUAGGUGCUAGUGCGUCUGUGCCCCCUGGUACUGAGUUGACUGCAGCACUGCACACCUUCACACUGGACUCAGGUGCCUCUCGCUCUUUCUUUCGUGACCGCACUGUCCUUGAGCCACUCGCUCGGCCAGUUGCUGUCUCCCUUGCUGACCCCUCUGGGGGUCCGGUCAUUGCGACCUCCUCCACUGUUCUUCCUUGUCCUGCGGUCCCGUCCGGCACGCUUUCAGGUCUCUACCUCCCCUCGUUCUCUACGAACUUGGUGGCGGGUUGUGCGCUCCAGGACUCGGGUGUUCACCAGUUCACCCCUGCCUACGAGCGCGUGACACACUGCACGUGUGCUCGGACGGGUCGCCACCUGGCUACUUUCACUCGAGAGCCGGGGUCGGACCUGUACACACUGACCACUGAGUCCCCUCAGGUAGCUGCGUCUGCGUCUACGUCUGCGUCUGCGUCAGGUCAGCUGUCCGCCCCCUGCUCGUGUCGCUCUCUGGCGCAUGAGACUAUCCUCUGGCACCACCGCCUUGGUCACCCGUCUGUGCAGCGCCUUCGGGCCAUGCACAAACGGUACCUUGUUGCUGGUCUUCCCAGGGUGCUCCCUCCCCUUCCCGACUCGCCUGCUCCUCCCUGUAUUCCCUGUGUCGAGGGGCGGCAGCGCGCCGCUCCUCACUCCUCCUCCUUUCCCCCGACGACUGCUCCCUUGCAGACGCUCCACUUGGACGUGUGGGGCCCAGCCCGCGUCCGUGGACAGGGUCAGGAGCGGUACUUCCUGCUAGUUGUUGACGACUUCUCGCGCUACACCACGGUCUUCCCCUUGCGAGCCAAGGGUGACGUCCCUGAUGUCUUGAUCCCUUGGAUCCGCAGAUCUCGUCUCCAGCUCACCAGGCGUUUCCGCUCCGACUUUCCUGUCCUGCGUCUGCACUCUGACAGAGGUGGGGAGUUUUCCUCUGGCCUCCUGGAGGCCUUCUGUCAGCAGGAGGGCAUUGAGCAGUCGUUCACGCUUCCGGACUCUCCACAGCAGAAUGGGGUUGCUGAGCGCCGCAUUGGUCUAGUCAUGGAGGUCGCUCGUACCUCCUUGAGUCAUGCGGCUGCCCCCCAUUUUCUGUGGCCGUUUGCGGUCCGAUACGCUGCGCAUCAGCUCAACCUCUGGCCCCGUGUCUCCUUGCCCGAGACUUCUCCGACACUACGUUGGACGGGAGAGGCUGGCGAUGCGUCGCGUUUUCGGGUCUGGGGAUCUCGAGCUUUUGUCCGCGACACGUCCGCGGACAAGCUCUCCCGUCGCGCUGUCCCCUGCGUCUUCCUUGGCUUUGUCCCGGACGCCCCUGGUUGGCAGUUCUACCACCCCACCUCGCGUCGUGUCCUGGCCUCUCAGGACGUCACUUUUGACGAGUCCGUCCCCUACUACCGCCUCUUCCCCUACCGCACUGCCCCGCUCCCCCCCCCGCCUCUCUUCCUCGCUCCAGGUGCUGAGGUACCAGACCCCCUCCCCCCUCAGGGUGCCGCUCCCUCAGGUGUGUCCCAGGUAGACCCGGGUGAGCCGGUCGAGGUAGCUGUUGACUCUCGUCCUGCGUCUGGGGGUGCUGAGCCUGGGGGUGUGGAGUCUGGGGGUGCUGAGACUGAGCGUGCUACACCUGGAGGAGCCCUCUCCUCCCAGCAGCUACAGGAGAGGUACCUCGAUCUUCGGAGUGGUCCUCCGGGUGCUGCGGACCCUGGGGGUGGCGCUGCUGCUGGUGCUGAGGACCCGGGCGUUGGAGCUUCUGCUGGUGCUGAGGACCCGGGCGCUGGAGCUGCUGCUGGUGCUGAGGACCCGAGCGGUGGCGCUGCUGCUGGUGCUGAGGACCCGGGCGGUGGAGCUGCUGCUGGUGCUGAGGACUCGGACGUUGGAGCUACUGCUGGAGCUGAGGACCCGGCUGGUGGAGUUGCUGCUGGUGCUGCGGACCCGAGCGGUGGCGCUGCUGCUGGUGCUGCGGACCCGGGCGUUGGAGCUACUGCUGGAGCUGAGGACCCGGACGGUGGAGCUGCUGCUGGUGCUGGAGACCCGGACGUUGGAGCUGCUGCUGGUGCUGAGGACCCUGCCGCUGGUGUCUCUGCUGGUUCUGGAGACGCUACGAGGCCGCGACCGUACUUCGUACCACUUCUUCAGCAGGUUCUUGGUCAGGCUCCUCCUCCUUGUCCUCCUCCCUCCGUAGAGUGUCCUCCGCCUGUCCAGUCGCAGUCACAGUUCCCGCCUGCCUCGCCUCUCCCUGCUCCCUCUCCUUACACUGGUCCCACAGGAGGUCUUACAGAGCGUCGUGAGCCUGAGUCUCGUCCUGCGUCGCCUGUUCGUACUGCUCGCACUGGUCGUCGUGUCCCACGCCAGCGUCCUCCUCCUGUCCCUGGCACUCACUACAUGACUCUGCGUCCCUCCACUGCUCCUCAGCGUGUCCCGCUACCGUCUCCUCCUGCUUCCUCUCUGCCUACUCUUCCUGAUCCGGAGUCUGACUCCCGUCGUGCUGCCAGUCCCACUGUCACCCGUCUCCUCGCUACUGUUGUCACUGACCCUACCUUUGAGUCCUCUGCUGCGUCUGCUCUGGUCGCUGAGUUGAUAGACUUUGCUGCCCGGUGUCGUCUAGACUACGCCACUAGCCUUGUUGCCGAGUCUGAGUCUGAGUCUGUCUGUCCUCCGUCCGUCGGGGGUGAGUGUGCUCUUGGCACGGACGUCCUUGAGGACAGACAGGAGGAGUUCCAGUGCUUUGCUGCUGCUUUGCCCCACCUCGUGUCCAUGCUAGUUGCCCCUGAGGGAGACCCGGAUGCACCAGACAUCCCGACCCCGCGCACUUACGCUGAGGCGAUGGCAGGUCCCUACUCCUCUCAGUGGCAGACAGCCAUGGACGCAGAGAUGGCUUCCUGGAAGUCCACACGCACCUAUGUCGACGAGGUUCCCCCACCUGGGGCGAACAUCGUCAGUGGCAUGUGGAUUUUCAGGGUGAAGCGGCCGCCGGGUUCUCCUCCUGUCUUCAAGGCGCGCUACGUGGCUCGAGGCUUCAGUCAGCGAGAGGGAGUUGACUUCUUUCAGACCUUCUCCCCCACCCCGAAGAUGACCACUCUUCGGGUGCUGCUGCACAUAGCCGCUCAGCGCGACUACGAGCUUCACUCACUUGACUUCAGCACUGCUUUCUUGCAGGGCAGCCUGCACGAGGAGAUCUGGCUGCGCCGCCCUCCUGGCUUCACCGGGUCGGUUCCUCCUGGUACCCAGUGGAGGCUCCAGCGGCCGGUCUACGGUCUCCGCCAGGCACCGCGUGAGUGGCACGACACACUGAGGACGACACUUGCGGCUCUUGGGUUCGCUCCCUCUACUGCUGACCCGUCACUGUUUUUACCCACAGACACCUCACUGCCGCCAUUCUACAUCCUCGUGUACGUCGACGACUUGGUCUUUGCCACUGCUGACACCGCGGCACUUGCCCACGUGAAGUCGGAGCUGCAGAGGAGACACACGUGCACAGAUCUGGGUGAACUGACAAGCUAUCUUGGCUUGCGGAUCACCCGGGACAGAGCACGGCGCACCAUCACCUUGACUCAGUCACACAUGGUGCAGCAGAUCCUUCAGCACUUCCGCUUCACGUACUCCUCGCCUCAGUCCACUCCUCUGCCUACCGGUCACUCGCUCUCAGCUCUGCCUUCGGAUGAGUCCGUAGAGCCGAGUGGCCCGUAUCCAGAGCUUGUGGGCUGCCUCAUGUACCUGAUGACCUGCACUCGACCUGACCUUGCAUACCCUCUUAGCAUCCUUGCACGCUAUGUCGCUCCUGGCCGUCACCGGAAGGAGCACAUGGAUGCCGCUAAGAGGGUGUUGCGCUACUUGUGCAGUACGUCGGGCAUGGGGCUAGUGCUUGGAGGGCGAGACCGAGUUGUUCUCACUGGGCACUCAGACGCUUCUUGGGCGGACGACCAGGCUACUCAGCGGUCGUCUCAGGGUUACACCUUCAGCCUUGGCUCCGGCUCAGUUUCUUGGCGUUCUACACGCUCUUCUUCUGUUCUCAGCUCCAGUUGUGAGGCUGAGAUCUACGCCGCAGCCAUGGCUGCCCAGGAGCUACGCUGGCUGACCUACCUGCUGACCGACUUGGGUGAGCGGCCUCGUUCUCCUCCAGUGCUGUACGUCGACAACCAGGCUGCCAUUGCCUUGUGUGAGGACCACAGACUGGAGCACAGAACAAAGCACAUUGCCCUGCGGUACUUCCUUGCUCGAGAGCUGCAGCAGCGCGGUCAGCUUUGUCUGCGUUACGUGGCCACUGAGGCCAACCUUGCUGAUGUGUUCACCAAGGCGCUUCCGCCUUGUGACCAUCAGCGCUUCUGCACUCUGCUAGGCCUUGUGCCUACUGGACCUCACUUACUUACCUCUUGA